AUGGGCGCGUCUUCGGCGAUAAUCAGGGGCGAUCUGGGCGUGGUUGGGACGUCAACGAGACGCGUGGCCGCGACGCGCGUCGCGGGAUCGGGAGCGCGCGCGGGGGGCGCGCGACGCGCGGCGAAAUCCUCCUCCUCGGAGUCGAAGGGUUCCCGAGGCUCGAGCCUCGUGGGGACGAACCCCGGACGCCGGCUGCGGGUCGCCGCCCGCGCGGUCUCUGACCCGUCGAUGACCGGAUGGGAUGCCGGUCGAAUCGACGAGAAAGAGGACGUCGUCGGCGUCCUCCUCCUCAACCUCGGCGGCCCGGAGACCUUGGACGACGUCCAGCCGUUCCUGUACAACCUCUUUGCCGAUCCGGACAUCAUCCGACUCCCCGGCGCGUUGCAGUUCCUUCAGUCGCCGCUCGCCGCGCUCCUCUCCAACUCCAGGGCGCCCAAGAGCAGAGAGGCGUACGAGUCAAUCGGAGGCGGAUCCCCGCUCAGGCGCAUCACCGACGAGCAGGCAAACGCUCUGCAGUCUGCGCUCGUCGCCAAGGGCUUGAAGAACGCCAAGUGCUAUGUCGGGAUGCGGUACUGGAAGCCCUUCACCGAGGAGGCGGUGGAGCAGAUCAAGGCGGACGGCGUCACCAAGCUCGUGGUCUUGCCCCUUUAUCCCCAGUUCUCCAUCAGCACCUCGGGAUCGUCGCUUCGCCUUUUGGAGCAGAUCUUCGGCGAGGACGAGUACCUCGCGACGAGGAUGUCGCACACGGUGAUUCCCAGCUGGUACGAGCGACCCGGGUACGUUCAGGCCAUGGCGGACCUGAUCAAGGCGGAGCUGAACAGACCGGACAGUCAGUUCGACUCCCCCGACGAGCCCAUCGUGUUCUUCAGCGCGCACGGCGUCCCGGUGAGCUACGUCGAGACGGCGGGUGACCCGUACAAGGAGGAGAUGGAGGAGUGCGUGGCGCUGAUCAUGGCGCGACUGAAGGAGAUGGGGGUCGCGAACGAGCACGUGCUGGCGUACCAGUCCCGCGUCGGGCCCGUGGAGUGGCUCAAGCCCUACACCGACGACGUCAUCAGGGAGCUCGGGGAGAAGAAGACCAAGGCGAUGGUGGCGGUGCCGAUUUCCUUCGUGUCGGAGCACAUCGAGACGCUCGAGGAGAUUGACAUGGAGUACAGGGAGCUCGCCGAGGAGAGCGGCGUGGAGCAGUGGGGACGGGUGCCCGCGCUGGACACCAACCCGGUGUUCAUCGACGACCUCGCGGACGCGGUGGUGGAGUCCUUGGACGGCAUGUCGAAGGCGGCGUCGAUGUCCGAGGGGGAUCUGGCGGCGGCGGUUGCGACGAGCUCCGUGCUGCGGGGUUCCCUCGACGAAAGUUCGCCGACGACGAAGCGAAAGGUGCGAGGCGACCUCGCGGCGACGCCUCCCGUGCCCAUGAUGCCGACCGGGACGGGUUCCCGGGUACGGAACGUCCCGUCGACCGACGACGUCACCGACCUGCUCGGCGUGAAGCCCGAGCCGUGGGAAUGGGGACCGGUGGAGUUCUCCAUGGUCGCCCUCUCGAUACUGCUCUCCACCAUGCUGCUCAUGGACAGCAGCGGCGGCGCGGGACUCAACGACAUCAUCUUCCACAAGUAG